CUAUCCAAAUGGCCAAUCAACUUUACAUUGUCAAUCAACAGGUUUGCCAAGUAAUGGACAGACCACUUAAAUAUGUAAGGUUUCACAUGUGAGGUUAGACCAGGGACACCGGUUUCAUACCCUAAUGUGUCAUGAUGUGUUUGUUAUAUCGAUAUGUGCUGGUUUCAUAUAAAUAGCCUAAUAUGACGAAGUUGUCAUAAAAUCGAACAGCUAUUUAGACAGAGGGGACACGAUUUCUGGAGGACACUAGCAAUCCUGGAUGGACUACUGACGACAGUCUGAACCUGAAACUUGGACUUUACGAGACGUAGGUAGGUACAGAAGAGAGACUCGUAACUGAUCAGAACUCAGUGUGAUUCAACACUCUGAGAGAUGCAGACGUUCGUGAAAGGAAAAAGAGUUGGAUACUGGCUCAGCGAGAAGAAGAUUAAAAAACUCAGUUUCCAGACCUUCGUGGAAAUGUGCAGGAAACAAGGCAUAGAGAUGAUCCAGCUGGAUCUGAGCCAGCCAAUAGAGAAGCAGGGUCCAUUUGAUGUCAUCAUCCACAAGCUGACUGACCACAUUGUUGAUGCUGACCAAAAUGUCACAGAAUCUCUGCUGCUUGUUCAGCGUGUUCAGGACUACAUAGAUGCUCAUCCUGAAACAGUGAUUCUUGACCCUCUUCCAGCCAUUCGUACCCUGCUGGACCGCUGCAAGUCAUACAAGCUUAUUCAUAAACUUGAAGAAUGCAUGAAAGAUGACAGAAUCUGCUCACCUCCGUUUCUGGUCCUCAACAGUGAAUGUGGCACUGAGACUCUAGAGCAGCUUCAGAAACAUGGAAUCACAUUUCCCUCCAUCUGCAAAACCCAGGUAGCUCAUGGCAUCAACUCCCAUGAGAUGGCCAUCAUCUUCAGUGAGGAAGAUCUGAAAGGCAUCAAGCCCCCAUGUGUCAUCCAGAGCUUUAUCAACCAUAAUGCAGUGCUGUAUAAGGUUUUUGUAGUGGGAGAGGCCUACAGUGUGGUGCAGCGGCCCUCCAUUAGAAAUUUCCCAUCUGGACCCACAGACAGGAGAGCAAUAUCUUUCAACAGUCAUCACGUGUCCAAACCAGAGUCCUCUUCUGACCUGACCUGCAGGGACAACAUGGAGGGCCAGUACCGGGAACCCAGCAAUGAUGUCAUUCAGAAAAUUUCUAGAGGGUUAAGACAGGCCCUUGGUAUUUCUCUGUUCGGGAUUGACAUCAUCAUCAACAACCAGACAGGCCAGCACGCUGUCAUCGACAUCAACGCAUUUCCAGGUUAUGAGGGAGUUCCAGAGUUUUUCGAUGACCUGUUGAGUCACAUCACCAGCGUCCUGCGAGGUCAAGGGUCAAACGGAGCAGUUUGUGGUCAUCUGAGAGUGAACGGGAUAGGUCAGAGCCCAUCUGUGGCCUGCGGGAUUCACUGUGGCAUGCUGGGAAAUGAAAGCAGUUGGUUGAAGGAGAGCGAGGGGUUAAAGAAGGGUCCCCAUCAGGGACUGAGUUGUGGCGGCACUUGCAUGACUCCAAACUUUCACCAGCACAGCAGAUCCAGUUUAGCAGCGGAGACAUCCUCGCAGUGACACGGAGAGCCAGUGCAAUAGAAUAUUUCAUUACUGUUCACAAACCAGAUGAACGCUCUUCAAAGGGUAGGUGUGCAGAAAAAUCCUUUGUGCCAAAUGUGAAUUGUUUAGGAAAUGAUUGAAUGUGUAUUGAUUGUCUACUCCUUUAUUUAAUUUCCUAUUUGGAAAGGGCGACCUGAUCUUGGAAAUGUAUAUGAUUAGAUUUUUUUUUUUUUAUGAAUGUUGCACUGAACUUGAUUUGCAGAACAAGGGCUUCAUGGAAGGAACUAAAACUAUUGUUGAUAUUAAUAUAUUAAUGAGAAAAUGGGUGUCAUGAUGUGUCACUAUUUAAAUAAGUGUCCUGCUGGCACUAAGGCUUCUCUACUUGUUGUGUAAGUCAUAAAUACUGGCUUUAUUGCUGUCUGAAGCAAUCUGCUGGUAUUUAAUCUGUUAAACCACAGCAAGAGCAGCUCUGAUUGCUUUUUAAAAAGAUUUUUUAAGGCUAAUCAUUUCAUAUCUGAAUGGUCUGAAAACCUUGAGAUUGUAUGGGGUUAUGCAUUACAUUGAUUGAAGGAGAAAAUGAACAAACUUCACCCAAUAAAAGUUAACCCGAAAAGGGAAUUCAUGUCAUUAUAAAUCGUUAUGACAAUCCUUCUUCUGUGAAACAAUAAAGAUCUUUCAGUUGUGUUUGUUGA